UACUUAGAAUAAUUAACUAACAAGUUUAGAAUGCAAAAUACAAGUAAUGAAGGGAGACUUUGUAAAGAGAAAGAAAAAAAAAGGAAAAACAAAGGAAGGAGCUUUGUGUUAUCUUUUAAAUCAGCUUCUUCCUUUGCAAAUCACAUCUCUUCUUAGCCAUUUCAAAUUUCUUCCUUUAAUGAACAUGAACCAAAAACCCUAAAACCCACCAAGAAAGUAACCUUUUUUUUUAAAAAAAAAAGGCCCCCCUUUUUUAUUUGUUUCUUAUAAUUAUUAUUUUAAUUGUGGGUUUAUUAUAAAAACACACCCACCAUUUUCUCUUUUUCUACAAAAUUAGGCUCUCUUAGCAGCCAUGUUCUUGUUGAUAUCUUUGUUUGAAAACAGUCUCUUUUUCUUCGAUUAAUACCACAGAACAGCACGGUCAGAAACAUCCUCAAAUUCCUCAUUGUACUUUUGAGGAUGUUUCCUGUUCUUGCCAUUCUCUUCGUAUGGAUGUCUGCUUCAAUCUUUGGUUUCGCUUCUGGUUCUUUCAAUCUUACAUUACCCCAUCAGCAUCCUGACCCUGAUUCUGUUGCUGAUGAACUUCAAAGAACAGUGAAUGCAUCUGUAUGGAGAAGAAAAAUGCUGUCCAUCGAAUCAAAGGAUCAAACUUUCUCUUGUCUCACCGGAAACCCCAUAGACGAUUGCUGGCGGUGCGAUCCGAAUUGGGCGGCGAACCGGCAGCGACUGGCCGACUGCGGUAUUGGGUUCGGGCGCGACGCCAUGGGCGGCAAAGGUGGCAAGAUCUACAUCGUUACGGACUCGUCUGAUUUGGAUCCGGCGAACCCUACUCCGGGCACUCUCCGGCACGCUGUGAUCCAAUUCGAACCACUGUGGAUCAUCUUCUCUGCCGACAUGACUAUCAGGCUGAAAUAUGAACUUAUCAUUAACAGUUUCAAAACGAUCGACGGCCGUGGCGCCAACGUCCACAUCACCGGCGGCGGAUGCAUCACCAUUCAAUACGUGUCUAAUGUCAUCAUCCACAACGUCCACGUGCACCACUGUAAACCCUCCGGCAAUGCCAACAUAAGAUCGACCCCAACUCACGUGGGCCAUCGAGGGUUGUCAGACGGAGAUGGGAUAUCAAUAUUCAGCUCAAGAAAGAUAUGGAUUGAUCAUUGUUCAUUGUCAUACUGCACGGAUGGACUAAUAGACGCAAUAAUGGGAUCGACAGGAAUAACAAUAUCAAACAGCUACUUCUCGCACCAUGACGAGGUGAUGUUAUUGGGGCAUGAUGAUCGGUACGUACAAGACUCGGGGAUGCAAGUCACCAUUGCCUUCAACCACUUCGGUGAAGCAUUGGUCCAACGCAUGCCCCGUUGUAGACAUGGCUACAUUCAUGUCGUCAACAAUGAUUUCACUGCUUGGGAAAUGUAUGCCAUUGGAGGCAGUGCUCAACCCACUAUUAAUAGUCAGGGUAAUCGUUACACCGCUCCCGUAGACCCUAAUGCCAAAGAGGUGACAAGACGUUUAGACGCGGCGGAGACGGAGUGGGCAGGGUGGAAUUGGCGGACAGAUGGCGAUAUUUUGGUGAACGGCGCGUUUUUUGUACCUUCCGGUGCCGGACUUAGCACCCAGUACGGUAAGGCUUCCAGCGUGGAGCCUAAGUCCGUGGCUCUCAUCAAUCAACUCACUAUGAACGCCGGCGUUUUGGGCGCCCCCAGGUAUAAUACUGGUCAAGGAAUUGUAUAUCCAGGAUUUAAUGGUGAGAAUGGUGGAAAUGGUGAUGAGGGAUAUGGGGGUAAUACUGUCAUAAAUAAUAGUCCAAUUUAUGAAAAUGGUGGUGCUAAUGGUAAUGAUGACUACUACGGAAUGAUAUUUAAAGCUAAUGGUCAUAGAGUAUUACCAUUAUUGCCCUCCAUAAACUUAUGUACUCAAAUUAUAAUACUUUUGUAUAUAGUCACAAAUUAUAGUGGUCUAUUCACAAUAUAGAAAAUGUAAAAGAGUUUUAGAAAGCUCAUAUAAUUAAUUAAAUUAAGUUUAAUUAA